AUGUCAAUGUAUCGGGCAGCCAGCUAUGUCAGGCGAAUGUUGGAUCGUUAUGCAUCAUCGUUGACGGGAGCGUCAAAAAUUCAGCUUCAGAAGCCUGAAGGCGAAUCAGGUUUCUUCAGCUACGGCCGAAACCUUUCUCGUGAUCCUAAAACGAUUGCAAGCAAGAAAGUAUUGCAAGGCGAUACACCGACAACCUUUAUGGUGCGUCGGCUUGGUCACGCAUAUGAGGUGUAUCCGUUCAUUUUUCUAGCGACAGCUCUGGUUACAGGAAUGGUAUUGACAGGCUAUUAUAGUUUUACAAAAAUCGAAGUUUGGGUGAAUAAAGCUGGAGGCAGGGCAGCACCAUGGGACUGGGAACGAUCCAGAGACAACUACUGGAAAUAUGGCACCGUUUAUUUUGACCCGGAUGGCCGAACACGCAAGCGUUGUGAGUUGAUGGAGAUGCUUCAGGACGAGAUGUUGGCAGCAGCGAAGAAAAG